ACUCGCUCUGUAUCAGUGUUGUCAGAGAAGUAAACUGUCAUUGCCAUUGAUAUAACCAUCUCGGUAGAUUUCAGAGUGUGAAACAUGUAGUAUCUGUGCUGGCUGCAUGUACAGUCGAGCCGAUGCAGUUUAACAUCAUGGUGGACGUCGUGUAGCCUUUGAGGAGCAGGAAGAUGAGCUGAUCUCCAGCAAAAACAAGCUCGAAAAUGUCAACAUACAACGCCGAAGUCGCUGCAGGACACUCUGUUGUGGUGGAGGUGAGCCCAGAUAUCCAUAUCUGUGGCUUCUGCAAGCAGCAGUACAAUAAUUUUGAGGUCUUUCUCGCCCACAAGCAAAAUGGAUGUUCCCUUCCCACUUCUGACCCAUCAUCCACCACGGCAACAGCCACUCUCCCAGAUUCCAGCACUGAGUUUGUUUUCGAGGAAACCUACCAGACCUGUGUUAUGAGAGGUGUCAAAAAGAUCCUGACCAAAGCACAGAAAACACCUUCGAAAAAAUUAAAACCUACCCUGACUUCAAAGAGACACAGCUGCUGUUUCUCAGGUUGCACUUUUAAAACACAGUAUGGCCAAAAAGACAUGGAGCGCCAUCUCAAAACCCACACCGGUGAGAAGCCGUUUGAAUGUGAGCUGUGUCACAAGCGCUUCAGUCGGCGGGACAAGCUCAACAUGCACAGCCGCUUACACACAGGCGAGAAGCCGCACAAGUGUAAACACUGUCCCUAUGCAGCAGCGGACAGCAGCAGUUUGAAGAAGCACCUGCGUAUCCACUAUGAUGAACGGCCCUUUAAAUGCCAGAUCUGUCCUUACGCCAGCCGCAACUCCAGCCAGCUCACCGUGCACCUCCGCUCCCACACCGGAGAUGCACCUUUCCAGUGCCAACAGUGUGAUGCAAAGUUCAAAAUCAACUCAGACCUGAAGAGGCACAUCCGGAUUCACUCUGGUGAGAAGCCUUACAAAUGUGACUUUUGUGAGUACCGCUGUGCCAUGAAAGGCAACCUGAAAUCUCACAUUCAGAUCAAACACGGCACUGAGAACUCCUUCCACUGCGUGCACUGUGAUUUCAAGUGUUCCAACAAAACUGCUCUGCGGCAGCACUCGCGGGAACACCAGCCCACUCAGCCCAUCCAGUGUUCCAAGUGCACUUACUCCUGCUCCAGCAAGGGGGCGCUCAAAGUCCACGAGAGGAUCCACUCAGAGGAGCGACCCUUUAAAUGUGACUUCUGCAACUUUGCCUCCAAGCAGCGCAGCAACCUUGUCAUUCACAAAAAGAAGUGCCACUCAGAUAAGCCAGAGAAAGGCAGCAGCGGGAAGGGAGGCAGAGGUGGAGGUAAAAGUGGAGGAGGUGACUCUCCAAAGCCGGUCAGCUCCCGGUAUCGGGCCAAACUAGAUGCAGCUCGAGCUUUCUGCUGCGACUCAUGCAAUGCUUCUUUUGUCAGGGAGGACUCCCUGCGCAGUCACAAAAAGCAACACAGAGACACUCAGAAUGUGUUGCAGCUCCAGCUCUCUGCCCCAUCUGAUGCAGUCAAUUUGGUUCCUGUUACAACCUCACAGAGCAACACCCAGCUCGAAGUUCCUCUCCCGUCUGACUCAAUGGCUCCUUACAGCAAUGCACAGCUCAAAAUCAUCGUAUCUCACUCUCUGGGCCAGGAGAACCCCUUAAUCCCAGCUGGUGUGGAUAGUCAGAGUAAGACCAACAUGGUCCUGCUAAGCCCAGAAAACCAGGACAUGGUAGUAAACUCCAUGAUCCAACAGGUCAACCUGCUAGCACCUAUGCAACCCCUCGGGACAUCUCAGACUCCAGAGGCCACCCUUGAUUCCCAGACGGUUCUCUUGACACAGCUCAGCCCUGAAGACACCAACAACCCGCUCCACCAGGCCCUACUGCAGACAGCCAUAACCGCUCAGGACUCCAGCAGCGGCACGCAGACUUUCAUCACCACCUGCUCCGAACUGGAGGGCCUCAACGCCUUGAUCCAGGAAGGUGGCACAGAGGUUACAGUGGUGACAGAAGGGAACACCACCAUGGUGACCACACCAACGCCACCCGACAUGGUGUGCGGUCCAUCGGAGGACAUGUCCAAACCAGGUGGGACAGUUACGGUUGAGGAGAGUGCCUUACCCUGUGAGGAAAGUGCAUUACUGGUGCCAAACAUCGGCCUGGGCAGCCAGAAUGUGGUCAUCCACGGCGUUCCAUUGAUUGUGUCCACUCAACCACAGCAGAGUGCAAUAGAGCAGCUCUCUCCUCACACACUCUACUCAGAUUCACACACACUGGAAGGAAUCCCACAAUGAGUUGAGGGUUCGGUGUGUUUUUCUAAAAAUGAAAAGACUAUAUCUGCAUCAUAAGCUAUUUCUUUGCCGGUAAAAACUCUCAAACCUGGUUUAUAUUUCUGCGUAGGAUCGACAGAGCCUACGGCUUGGCCUACACUGUUGUGAGCAUUUAUACUUGUCGCUCUGCAAUUAUACCACCAAAACACUAGUUGGUGGUGGGGUUUUAUGUACUUCAAGCAAUGAAAUGAAAAUGAAAUGAAACUGUUUGGGUUUGAGCCAAUGAAUGUCGAGCAACUUUUACUGAAAUUACCGCAACGCAGUAAAGAGAGAUGACGUGGGAGGAGAUGGUGUGUACGACCAGUGAACCGAUAGAGGCAGAAGGAGGUGAGUUUUCUGUCCUUGUCCAACCACUGAGAGACAUGGACGAGACUGAAUUAGUGCUACCAAGUGAACCAAUCACAGUUGUUGCGGUCUGCGUCACCGCAACAUGAGAUGCAUGUCUGGCUGCGGCGUAGGGUACGCGGCUAUGCUGUAUCUACGGUGUCAAUUAAACUCUGAAGUAUAAACCAGGCUUUAGUAUGUGCAGGCCAUUAACAUAUAACAUUUUUUGUCGCUAGCAGUUUUAAUCAUUAACCACUGAAGUGACAAUACUGUUACCUUUGGAGAUGUAGAUGUUCUAAUUUUCAGAUAUUAGAAUAAUGAAUUGUUGUCGUAGCACAUUAGUUCAGUCCAGAAUGUCUUCAUGUUUAACACUGAAUAACUUUUGAAUAUGAAAGUUAAUCAUUAGGACGCAAUUUCAUACACUCUAUUUUCAAGUGUAAUUUUUGGAGGCAUCUGAACUAAAAUAAUGUUUAUU